AUGGAUUUUUGUCAAAAAAUUACCAAGUUUGAUAUGGCACCUGUUGAUAUAGCCGGCCCAAUAGUAAAAGAUGGUACCUUACAGAAGAAACCAAUUAAUUUUGUGAAUCUUGCUGUUGGUGCUGGUUUUUGGGAACCAUAUAGCCACAAUACUACUUAUAAUGGUUUGAAUAUGUUCGAAGUGUCUACCCUUGGGCAACCAUUUGAAGUUACUAAAACACAUUUGGCUGCUAACCGUAAUGAUGGUAUUUUUACUGCAUUGAAGAAAACUUAUAAAAGAGGUGGGAUUUUAGGGUUUUAUCAAGGGUUAAUACCUUGGGCAUGGAUUGAAGCCAGCACGAAGGGUGCAGCACUUAUAUUUACUGCAAGUGAAGUUGAAUACAAUACACGAGUAGCUGGUGCACCUCCAUUUUUGGCUGGUAUUUUGGGUGGUAUGGCUGGAGGUUUAGCACAAGCAUAUACCACAAUGGGGUUUUGUACAUUUAUGAAAACUGUUGAGGUCACUCGACACAAAGCACCUGCUGAUCAACCAGUCUCUACAUUAAAAGUCGCAUCUGAUAUUUGGAAAAAGGAGGGAAUUCGUGGUAUAAAUAAAGGUGUUAAUGCUGUAGCUCUAAGACAAUGCACAAAUUGGGCUAGUAGAUUUGGAUUAACAAGAUUAAGUGAAACUGCCAUUAGGAAAUUACGAGAUGGUGAGGUUGUUGAUUAUUCUAAACCAUUGUCACCCAUUCAAAAAAUUUUAGCAAGUGCCCUUGGUGGUGGUUUGUCCUGUUGGAAUCAACCAAUUGAAGUUAUUCGUGUGGAAAUGCAAUCUCAAGUACAAACACCAGGACGUCCCAAAAAUAUGACAAUUGUAACAUGUGCUAAAUACAUUUAUCAAAAUAAUGGAUUGAAAGGGUUUUAUCGUGGUGUAACUCCUAGAAUUGGACUUGGAAUUUGGCAAACAAUCUGUAUGGUAUUUGGUGAUAACUUUGGUGAAUUAAAUUGGGAAAAAAAAUUACGCAUUAUUUAUGACGUGUCGGAAGCUUUAAGAGAAAUUCAUAAAGCCAAUUUUGUACAUGGCGAUUUUCAUGAUGGAAAUAUUUUAAAGUAUCUUGAUCGUUUUUAUAUUUCGGACUUGGGACUUUGUAAACGCAAUGAUAUCAAAAAUGAUAAUGGCAAUGAUAUUCGUAGUAAAUGUAUACUUGGAGUAUUUGGAAUGAUAAUGUGGCAAGUUUGUACUGGUAAACGACCAUUCCAUGAUCAAAAGAAUGAGGCUACCAUAGAUAUUAUAACCGAAAUAAUGAAGGGCGGGAGGCCAUAUAUACCAACAUCGUCAUCAUCAAAAGAAAAGUAUAAUAUACCAAAAGUAAUUGCUGAUUGUAUAAAAAAAUGUUGGGAUGAAGAUAAGGACAAACGACCUGAUAUCGUAACACUUAAUAAUUUCUUUAAAGAUUUAUUGAUUAUUAAUAAAGAUUAUAAAAAAUGGAAACCGUAUCGGGAGAAAAAUGAUGGAGAUGACGAUGAUGUCGAGAGUUGUUGUAAUAGCUGUCGUGAAAUUAAUAUCACUGAUUAUGUCACUACUCAAUGGGAUUUAACAAUUCCUGAAAGAGUGCCUUAG